AGUAGCUUAACGACGUCGACGUGCCCUUUGAGUGAGGCCAUGUGUAGUGGAGUCCAGCCGUGCUUAUCCCUCGACUCGACGUUGACAUUAUGCGCGAGCAGCAGCUCGACGACAGCCUCGUGCCCGUUCUUAGCAGCCCACGACAGCGCCGCAUUUAAUGGCGUCCAUCCCAUAGUAUCUAUAACAGCGAUAUUCGCUCCCAUCUCGAGGAGCAGCUUGACGACGUCGAUGUGGCCGUUGUUUGAGGCCGAUAUUAAGGGUGUCCAUCCCUCAGUAUCUGCAAUCGCUACGUCGACGCCCUUCUCGAGGAGCAGCUUGACGAUAUCGAGAUGCCCGCGCUCUGAGGCCGCAUGUAGUGGUGUGCAUCCGUCGUUGCUAGCAGCUGUCACAUCGGCGCCCUUCUCGAGGAGCAGCUUAACGAUCUCGAGAUGCCCGUUAAGCGAGGCUGUAUUUAGUGGCGUCCAUCCUCUAUUAGUUGUAACUAUUACGUUGGCGCCCUUCUCGAGGAGUAGCUUAACGACUUCAACAUUCCCGCUAUCUGAGGCUGAAUUUAAUGGCGUCCAUCCU